AAAAGUGUCCUCACAGGUAUUAUACGUGCGCGUGCGUGUUGGCCGUUUACGUAUCAUAGCAACAAGUUCAAACAAAAAGUGACGUAGAAAAGAUGGCGACGCAGCGAGAGAAAGACGCCGCGGAUUAUCUCCACAAACACAAAAUUACGGAGCUCAUGGACAACCUGACUAGCAUGCUCUUCUUUCACAGACCUGAAAACCCCAGAGAGUUCCUGGUGGAGCAGCUGAAACAGCUGAAGCUUUCUCAGCAGAGCGGUGUGAAGGGGCCAAAUCUGUUCAACAACGCCAACCUGAAUGCAAUUUUUGGGAUCCUGGAUCCAGUUGGACGGAAAUACAUCACUUUAGCCCAGUACAAGCAGGCUCUGACCACACUGGGAAUCAAAGACAUUAAUGAAUGUCCUGAAGGUGCAAAUGAAGACAGAAUAUCACAGGAGACCUUCAAAACAGAAGCGAUUCAAGGCCUGCAGAGAUGCUCAGCUACAUAUAUAUGAAGCCAUGUUUGAUGUGUUCUUCAGCUCAUAUGUUAUUUAAUUGAAUGUUUUUAGUGGAAUUGUGCUUAUUAUUUAUCUGUUUUGUUAAAAUAAGCACUUUUCAUUUGGUUAUUUUUAUUAAACUGUUGAUGUUAACAUGUUGCCAUGCUUUAAAGAAAAUAACACCAUGUCCGAGGCUGGGUGUGAAUUUUUUUUUUAACCUCAAAAACACAUGAAAAGUCACACCAAAAGUCCUACAUGUGUACAGAGAGCUGAAGUUUAUUGUGUGAGAAACUUCAUUAAAGCCAAAAGCACCUGUUGUAUUCUGUUCCUACCACAACGUCCUCAUCCCUAUUACAGAAAGUAUGGGCUUAUUGUUGAAUGUUGAGUCCAUCAACACUGAAGUUAAAAAGUGAUAAAGUGGUUGUGUCUUUGGAUGUUGGGAUUAUUAAUGGUGAGACUUUCGUUAUAAAAAUGUUUUUGAUUUAGGAUGGGCGACGGCUUGGCCCCAGAAGGUCUUUCCCUUUUCCAUUUUCCCCUCCUUAUGGGCGACCUUGCCUGAACUUACUUGUUUCUGUG